AAAAAAAAAAAAAAAAAAAAGAAAAAUGGCGUCAUGCCGAGUGCAGUCAAGCUAAGCGCUCCUGUUAUUAAACUUAGUUAUGUUUUGUGUUUUUUAAGAAAUAGUUAUUAUCUUAUGCACUUUGUUUUUAUUUAUUUCUUGAACUAUAAUCAUGACGUCUAUUCAUUUUGUGGUCCAUCCACUACCCGGAACAGAGGAUCAGCUAAAUGACAGGUUAAGAGAAGUUUCAGAGAAGCUCAACAAGUAUAACUUAAACUUUAGCCAUCCUCCCUUACCUCUGCUUUGGGAUUCUACCCAAAAGGCAUGCAUGGUCGGUCCAAGGCACACAGCUUUUCUUUUAGUAGAUGGCCGGAUCUGCAGAAUCUAUUUUUCAGUACAGCAUGACAGACUGGAAUUGGGUAAACCUGACAAUGAUGGAAGCAGAUGGAGUUCUGGAGUUAGCGGAAGUGGGGGAGGGUCAUCAGGGAGAUCUACAGGAACCAGAGACUCUCGAAGGCAAGCUAGAGUCAUUCGAACUGGACGUGAUAGAGGUUCUGGGCUGUUGGGUAGUCAGCCUCAACCUGUAAUUCCUGCAUCUGUUAUUCCAGAGGAGCUAAUUUCUCAGGCUCAGGUCGUUUUGCAAGGAAAAUCCAGAAGUGUUAUUAUUCGAGAGUUGCAGAGAACAAAUCUUGAUGUCAAUCUUGCUGUAAACAACUUGCUUAGUCGUGACGAUGAGGAUGGAGAUGAUGGUGAUGAUACUGCGAGUGAAUCAUAUUUGCCUGGAGAGGAUCUUAUGUCUCUGCUAGAUGCAGACAUACAUUCUGCUCACCCCAGUGUCAUCAUUGAUGCUGAUGCUAUGUUUUCAGAAGACAUUAGCUACUUCGGUUACCCAUCAUUCCGACGGUCUUCACUCUCCCGGCUUGGGUCUUCAAGAGUUCUCCUUCUUCCCUUAGAGAGAGAUUCUGAGCUGUUGCGUGAACGUGAGUCUGUGUUACGUUUACGUGAGAGAAGGUGGCUUGAUGGAGCCUCGUUUGAGACCGAAAGGGGCUCUACCAGCAAAGAAGGAGAAUCAAAUGUGGAUAAGAAAAAUACUCCUGUGCAGAGUCCUGUAUCUCUUGGAGAGGAACUGCAGUGGUGGCCUGACAAGGAGGGUACCAAGUUUAUUUUUAUCGGAGCUCUGUAUUCAGAACUGGUAGCAGUAAGCAGUAAAGGCGAAUUAUACCAGUGGAAGUGGUGUGAUACAGAACCGUAUAGAAAUACACAGAACCCUUCUUUACAUCAUCCCAGAACUGCUUUCUUAGGACUUGCCAGUGAAAAGAUUACUCUGUUAUCGGCAAACAGUAUCAGGGCAACUGUAGCAACUGAAAGCAACAAGGUUGCGACAUGGGUUGAUGAGACUUUGAGCUCAGUAGCUUCCAAGCUUGAGCAUAAUGCCCAGAUGUUUUCAGAAUUACAGGGAGACCGCAUCACAUCACUGCACUGCUGUGCACUUUAUACAUGUGCCCGGUUGGAGAACAGUCUGUACUGGUGGGGAGUGGUCCCUUUCAGUCAAAGAAAAAAAAUGCUUGAGAAGGCCAGAGCAAAGAGUAAAAAGCCAAAGUCCAGCACUGGUAUUUCUUCAAUGCCCAAUAUAACAGUUGGUACACAGGUGUGUUUGAGAAAUAAUCCCUUGUAUCAUGCUGGGGCUGUGGCAUUCUCAGUCAGUGCUGGAAUUCCAAAAGUUGGAGUGUUGUUGGAGUCUGUGUGGAAUAUGAAUGACAGUUGCAGGUUUCAACUUCGCUCACCAGAAAGCUUAAAAAUUUUGGAAAAGACCAGCAAAACUACUGAAAUCAAGACAGAGAGUAAACAAGAACCUGUGAAAACUGAGAUGGGACCACCUCCUUCUCCAGCUUCUACCUGCAGUGAUGCAUCUUCUAUAGCGAGCAGUGCAUCAUUGCCUUAUAAGCGUAGACGUUCAACUCCUGCUCCAAAAGAAGAAGAGAAAGUGAACGAAGAGCAGUGGUCCCUUCGAGAAGUUGUAUUUGUGGAAGAUGUUAAAAAUGUUCCUGUUGGAAAGGUAUUGAAAGUUGAUGGUGCGUAUGUUGCAGUGAAGUUUCCUGGUACAUCCAACAGUGUAAGCAACCAGAGCUCUACAGGCACCGAACCAGAUCCUUCCUCUCUUCUUCAAGAUUGUAGGCUCCUCAGAAUUGAUGAGCUACAGGUGGUAAAAACUGGUGGAACACCAAAGGUUCCAGACUGUUUCCAAAGGACUCCUAAAAAACUUUGUAUCCCUGAAAAAGCAGAAAUCUUAGCAGUGAAUGUGGACUCAAAGGGCAUACAUGCUGUAUUGAAGACAGGGAACUGGGUUCGGUAUUGUAUUUUUGAUCUUGCAACGGGAAAAGCUGAACAAGAGAACAAUUUUCCAACAAGCAGUAUUGCUUUUCUGGGCCAGAAUGAACAUAAUGUUGCUAUUUUUACUGCUGGACAGGAAUCUCCUGUUAUUUUGAGAGAUGGUAAUGGCACUAUCUACCCAAUGGCUAAAGACUGCAUGGGAGGUAUACGAGAUCCUGACUGGCUAGAUUUGCCACCUGUUUCUAGUCUUGGAAUAGGAGUCCAUUCUUUAUCUAACCUUCCUGCUAACUCAACUGUAAAGAAAAAGGCUGCAGUGAUCAUAAUGGCUGUAGAGAAGCAGACAUUAAUGCAGAACAUUCUACGUGGUGAUUAUGAGGCAUGUCGACAGUGUCUAUCAAACCUCGAGCAAGCAGCAUUGCUGGAGCAGAAUUUCCAAGGUUUGCACACAUUCCUUUCCAACCGAUGUGAUGGAAAUCGAAAUAUCAUGCAUACAUGUGUUUCUGUAUGUGUUCCAACUAGCAAUAAAGAAACAAAAGAAGAAGAAGAAGCAGAACGUUCUGAGAGGAACACAUUUGCAGAAAGGCUGUCUGCAGUUGAGGCCAUAGCCAAUGCAAUUUCUGUGGUAUCUAAUAACAGUUCAGGAAACAGAACAGGAUCAUCAAGUAGCAGAAGUUUGAGGUUACGCGAGAUGAUGCGUCGAUCUUUACGAGCUGCUGGGUUAGGUCGGCAUGAGACUGGAACGUCAUCAAGUGACCACCAAGAUCCUGUCUCUCCUCCCAUUGCACCACCAAGUUGGGUACCUGAUCCUCCUGCCAUCGAUCCUGAUGGUGACAUUGAUUUUAUCCUGGCCCCCGCUGUGGGGUCUCUUACCACAGCAGCGACUGGCACUGGCCAAGGACCUGUUACCGCCACUAUCCCAGGUCCCUCAUCUGAACAGUCUCUUCUGGAAUCAAAAGAUCGGAGGGCAAAUGCUCAUUUGAUACUGAAGUUGCUGUGUGAUAGUACAGUUUUACUGCCUUAUCUUCGAGAACUGUUGUCUGCAAAAGAUGCAAGAGGAAUGACACCUUUUAUGUCUGCUGUCAGUGGAAGAGCAUAUCCUGCUGCUAUUACUAUAUUGGAAACUGCACAGAAGCUGGCCAAAGUUGAUCCCGUUAACGAAAAGGAGGAAGAAGUGUUUAUGAGCAUGGUUUGCCCACCUGGGACAAAUCCAGAUGACUCUCCUCUGUAUGUCCUUUGUUGUAAUGAUACAUGCAGCUUUACAUGGACUGGAGCAGAGCACAUUAAUCAGGAUAUUUUUGAAUGUCGAACAUGUGGUUUGUUAGAAUCUUUGUGUUGUUGCACAGAGUGUGCAAGGGUGUGCCAUAAGGGCCAUGACUGCAAGCUUAAACGCACAUCUCCAACUGCCUACUGUGACUGCUGGGAAAAAUGUAAAUGUAAAACAUUAAUUGCUGGACAGAAAUCAGCACGCCUUGAUCUUCUGUAUCGCCUUCUGACUACUACAAACCUUGUGACUAUGCCAAAUAGCAGGGGUGAACACCUUCUUCUGUUCUUAGUUCAGACUGUUGCAAGGCAGACUGUUGAACAUUGCCAGUAUCGCCCACCAAGAAUUCGAGAGGAUAGGAAUCGCAAAGCACCAAGUACUGAAGAAGCUGAUAUGCCUGAUCAUGAUUUGGAACCUCCACGGUUUGCUCAGCUUGCAUUAGAGCGUGUUCUUCAGGACUGGAAUGCCUUAAAAUCAAUGAUCAUGUUUGGGUCACAAGAAAAUAAAGAUCCCCUUAGUGCAAGUAGUAGAAUUGGCCAUCUUCUUCCUGAAGAACAAGUUUAUCUUAGUCAGCAAAGUGGAACAAUUCGGUUAGAUUGUUUCACACACUGCCUGAUUGUGAAAUGUACAGCUGACAUCUUGCUUCUAGACACAUUACUUGGAACCCUAGUAAAAGAACUUCAGAAUAAAUAUACACAGGGACGCAGAGAAGAAGCAGUUGCAGUAACCAUGAGAUUCCUACGCUCUGUAGCAAGAGUUUUUGUAAUUCUUAGUGUUGAAAUGGCAUCUUCAAAAAAGAAAAACAAUUUCAUUCCUCAGCCAAUUGGAAAAUGUAAGCGUGUGUUUCAAGCAUUACUUCCUUAUGCAGUGGAAGAGCUGUGUAAUGUAGCUGAGUCAUUGAUUGUCCCUGUCAGAAUGGGCAUUGCUCGUCCAACUGCGCCAUUUACAUUAGCCAGCACUAGUAUUGAUGCCAUGCAAGGCAGUGAAGAGCUGUUUUCUGUGGAACCACUUCCACCCAGACCAUCUUCAGAUCAGUCCAGCAAUUCCAGUCAGUCCCAGUCAUCGUACAUCAUUAGAAAUCCUCAGCAGAGAAGGAUCAGCCAAUCUCAGCCUGUUCGAGGUAGAGAUGAGGAGCAUGAUGACAUAGUAUCAGCUGAUGUUGAAGAGGUUGAAGUUGUUGAAGGAGUAGCUGUGGAAGAGGAUCAUCAUGAUGAGCAAGAAGAACAAGGAGAAGAAAACACCGAAACAGAAGGCCAGCAUGAUGAGCACGAUGAAGAUGGAAGUGACAUGGAAUUGGAUCUCUUGGCAGCUGCGGAAACUGAAAGUGACAGUGAGAGUAACCAUAGUAACCAGGAUAAUGCCAGUGGACGUAGAAGUGUUGUUACAGCUGCUACUGCUGGAUCAGAAGCAGGUGCUAGCAGUGUUCCAGCUUUUUUCUCUGAGGACGAUUCUCAGUCAAAUGACUCCAGUGAUUCUGACAGCAGCAGUAGUCAAAGUGAUGAUGUGGAACAGGAGGCCUUCAUGUUAGAUGAACCACUAGAAAGAACAACAAACAGUUCUCAUGCAAACAGUGCAGCCCAAGCACCUCGAUCGAUGCAGUGGGCUGUACGUAAUACUCAGAAUCAGAGGACAACAAAUACCACUUCUCCUAGCAGCUCUGCCCCAUCAGCAAGUUCGGCUGGCUUGAUUUACAUUGAUCCUUCAAAUCUGCGGAGAAGUGGUGCCAUCAACACAAGUGCUGCGGCUGCAGCUGCUGCUCUUGAGGCUAGUAAUGCUAGCAGUUAUCUGACCUCUGCAAGCAGUCUGGCAAGAGCUUAUAGUAUAGUCAUCAGGCAGAUUUCUGACUUAAUGGGUUUAAUUCCCAAGUAUAAUCAUUUGGUAUACUCACAGAUUCCAGCUGCAGUCAAGUUGACAUACCAGGAUGCAGUUAAUCUACAGAACUAUGUUGAAGAAAAGCUUAUCCCAACUUGGAACUGGAUGGUUAGUAUAAUGGACUCUACUGAAGCUCAGCUACGAUACGGUUCAGCCUUGGCAUCUGCUGGUGAUCCUGGUCAUCCUAGUCAUCCACUCCAUGUGUCACAGAACUCAAACAGAAGGGAAAGGGUGCUAACUCGUGAAGAAGCUAGUAUGAGAGCACUUGAAGGAAGAAGACGUGCAACAUUGAUGAAUGCGCGCCAAGGAAUGAUGUCAGCACGAGGUGACUUCUUGAAUUAUGCCCUUUCCUUGAUGCGCUCUCAUAAUGAUGAGCAUUCUGAUGUUCUUCCAGUUUUGGAUGUCUGCUCAUUAAAGCAUGUAGCUUAUGUUUUUCAAGCUCUUAUUUAUUGGAUUAAAGCCAUGAAUCAGCAAACAAGUUUAGACACACCUCAGCUGGAGCGUAAAAGAGCACGAGACCUUUUGGAAAUUGGCCUUGAUAAUGAAGAUUCAGAACAUGAAAAUGAUGAGGACACAAAUCAAAGUUCAGCUCUCAAUGAUAAAGAUGAUGACUCCCUUCCUUCUGAGACUGGACAAAAUCACCCAUUCUUCCGAAGAUCUGACUCCAUGACAUUCCUAGGGUGCAUUCCUCCUAACCCAUUUGAAGUUCAGCUAGCAGAUGCAAUUCCACUAGCUGACCAGCCUCAUCUUUUGCAACCAAAUGCUAGGAAAGAAGAUUUAUUUGGACGUCCUAGUCAAGGUCUGUACUCCUCACCUUCAAACAGUGGAAAAAUCUUGAUGGAAGUGACAGUGGACAGAAAUUGCUUAGAAGUAUUGCCUACCAAAAUGUCAUAUGCUGCCAAUUUGAAGACUGUCAUGGGUAUGCAGAAUCGUCAGAAUAAAGAAAGAGAAGAACAAAACUUAACAGAAGAAGAGCAGGAUUCUGCAAAACCAGGGCCUUCUCAUGACCUUGCAGCACAACUGAAGAGCAGCCUGCUAGCUGAAAUAGGAUUAACUGAAAGCGAGGGCCCCCCACUUACAUCCUUCAGGCCACAGUGUAGUUUUAUGGGAAUGGUCAUUUCUCAUGAUAUGCUACUAGGGAGAUGGCGACUUUCAUUAGAACUUUUUGGAAGAGUUUUUAUGGAAGAUGUGGGAGCUGAACCUGGAUCAAUUUUGACUGAAUUAGGUGGAUUUGAAGUGAAAGAAUCCAAGUUCCGAAGGGAAAUGGAAAAACUCAGAAAUCAGCAAUCAAGAGAUUUGGCAAUUGAGGUUGACAGAGAUCGAGACCUGUUAAUUCAACAGACAAUGAGACAACUGAACAACCACUUUGGUCGCAGAUGUGCUACAACCCCAAUGGCAGUGCACAGAGUAAAAGUUACUUUUAAAGACGAACCAGGGGAGGGCAGUGGUGUAGCACGAAGUUUUUACACUGCUGUUGCUCAGGCAUUUUUAUCAAAUGAAAAACUGCCUAACUUGGACUGUAUUCAGAAUGCCAGUAAAGGAACUCACACGAGUUUAAUGCAGAGAUUGAGGAACAGAGGAGAGCGUGAUCGUGAAAGAGAACGAGAAAGGGAAAUGAGGAGAAGCAGUGGGUUACGUGCUGGGUCUCGUAGAGAUAGAGACAGGGAUUUCAGAAGACAGCUUUCAAUUGAUACACGGCCUUUUCGGCCAGCUGCUGAAGGAAAUCCCAGUGAUGAUCCUGACCCUUUACCUGCACAUAGACAAGCACUUGGAGAAAGACUGUACCCACGUGUUCAAGCCAUGCAGCCAGCCUUUGCAAGCAAGAUCACAGGGAUGCUGCUUGAAUUGUCCCCUGCACAGUUGUUACUGUUACUAGCCAGUGAAGAUUCAUUAAGAGCAAGAGUAGAUGAGGCUGUAGAACUCAUUAUAACCCAUGGACGGGAAAAUGGUGCGGACAGUAUUCUGGACUUGGGUAUGCUAGAUUCAUCAGAUAAAUCACAGCAAGAAAGCAGAAAACGCCAUGGCUCAAAUCGAAGUGUAGUUGAUAUGGAGUUGGAUGACACAGAUGAUGGAGAUGAUAAUGCACCACUUUUCUACCAGCCUGGAAAAAGGGGAUUUUAUUCACCAAGGCCAGGAAAAAAUACAGAGGCAAGACUUAACUGCUUUAAGAACAUUGGCAGGAUAUUGGGGUUGUGUCUGCUUCAGAAUGAACUAUGCCCGAUAACAUUAAACAGGCAUGUUAUCAAAGUGCUACUUGGCAGAAAGGUUAACUGGCAUGAUUUUGCAUUCUUCGAUCCUGUGAUGUAUGAGAGUUUACGGCAGCUGAUAAUUGCUUCCCAAAGUGCAGAUGCAGAAGCAGUGUUUGCAGCAAUGGACCUUGCAUUUGCUAUUGACCUUUGCAAAGAAGAAGGAGGCGGUCAGGUUGAGCUUAUUCCAGGUGGUGUAAAUAUACCAGUCACACCUCAAAAUGUAUAUGAGUAUGUCCGAAGGUAUGCUGAACACAGAAUGUUGGUGGUUGCUGAACAGCCUCUCCACGCAAUGCGAAAAGGGAUGCUAGAUGUGCUUCCGAAGAACUGUUUAGAAGAUUUGACAGCAGAGGAUUUUCGACUUUUAGUAAAUGGCUGUGGGGAAGUUAAUGUUCAAAUGCUUAUCAGCUUUACAUCCUUUAAUGAUGAAUCAGGGGAAAAUGCUGAAAAACUUCUUCAGUUCAAACGCUGGUUCUGGUCCAUAGUUGAGAAAAUGAGCAUGACAGAAAGACAAGAUCUGGUGUACUUCUGGACAUCAAGUCCAUCAUUACCUGCUAGCGAAGAAGGAUUUCAGCCUAUGCCGUCUAUUACUAUAAGACCACCAGAUGACCAGCACUUGCCUACUGCGAAUACUUGUAUAUCUCGUCUUUAUGUCCCACUGUAUUCUUCUAAACAGAUUCUAAAACAAAAAUUACUACUUGCUAUUAAGACCAAGAACUUUGGUUUUGUGUAAAGCUGAAAAUGUGUAUGUUGUGUAAUAAUACUAGCUACAUUUUUGUAGAUUUUUUCAUUUGUCUAUUAAAACAAAAUUUAUUAAAUGGCAAAUUGUCAUGUCCCAGAGGUUCUUAACUGAUAAAGUGUAAACAUUCCUAUAUUGUAUUUAUAAUAGUCCAAGCCUUUAACAGAUUACCACAUCACUGUAACUAUUUAGUCAGUAACUUGGCCUAACCCAGCCAAAGAUGACAGAGGAAAAUAUGAUUUACACUGUGAUUAUAUGGGAGGGUGGGGAGUUGGAGUGGCUGGGGACUAAAUACUGUAAAGCGUUUCUGAAACUUCACUGCUGCCUUUGUGGAAUUUCUUUCAUCAAAGGUUCUUGUAUAGAGGGAUUAUGGAAUGUAAGAAUAAAAUUUAUGGAUCCUC